AAAGCUCCUCCGCCACACGGAAGAGCAGCUUCCAGCUAGCGGGCAACACCGAGAUGUGAAGUGUUUCAGUGCGUCGCUUGUUUAUUUUUUUUAACGCAUUUUUUCUUUUAAAUAAAAAAAACCCCAAAACAAGCAAACAUCGCGCGCGGGGGGAUUCAUUUCGCGCCCCCCGCGUCCUCGCGCACCAGCCGACAUGGCGACGUGCAUUCCCUUUCAGACCCAGUUGUCCUCGAUAAUGGAGGUCCUGGUCAAAGCGGCGGUGGCGGAGAUUUCCAAACUGGUCGACGACAAAUGCGCGUUUCUGCACCUGGAAAUCUCUCGCAGGCAAAGCGAGAACGACGCGCUGAAGAGGAAACUGCUGCUGAUGGAGAACAGGAGCGCGCGGCCGCCGCGCGGGUUCGAAAACUACAUGGACCGAGGGACCGAUGUGGGGACCUGUCCGCGUCCCGCUGGAGACAUCAAGUUCAGUGACGUCGACGGCGCCGCCGUCUCGUUCACAAUCAAAGAGGAAAGUCCAGACGAGAUGCUGUGGAUCAGUGACUCCGCCGCGCCGAUCGGCUCCGCUGCACGAUACCGCGCUCCGGCCAACGCCGCUCCAAGCCAGCGGCUGGAGGAGGGCCGCCAGUCGGGCCGCUCGGAGGCCGGCGACUUGUACGCGGGGGACAUCGCCGUCGGCCAUCAGUUCGCCGUGAAGACGGAGAAGGAGGAGGACCGAUCGGCGUUCGGCCGGGGUGGCUGCCUGCACGGCGCCGGGAAGCAGACGCAACUCGCCGCCGACUUCUCCAUGGACGAAAGAGAGAACCAGCUGUGGUCGUCCAUCAUCGAAGGCGGCGACAUCGACGCCCGGCUUCCCCGACUUCUCCAGCGUGGUGGAGGAGUAUUCCAACACCUUUCCGGACCACUCCGACGCGCACGCCGCGUCCAGCGCCGCCAAGCCGCCCGGCGCCCCGCAGCCGUCCCCCCAGAGGCCGUGCAACGGGAUCUACAACAGCGACGGCCCGCAGUCGUCCGGCUUUCAAGCCGGGCCUCCGCCGGACCGCCCGAAGCAGGAGGUCCACCCGCAGAGGGACGCCGCAGCCCGGCCGCCCGGCGGCGGUGGCGGCUUCCACCCCCACAGGCCCGCCCCCGGCGCGGCCCGCAGCUACGCCUGCUCGCACUGCGGCAAGACGUUCGGCCGCCUGCACCAGUUCAAGCUGCACCAGCAGAGCCACAAGAGGAAGCGGGCCUUCUGGUGCACCGUGUGCGGGAAGAGCUUCCAGUGCUCGUCGCACCUCAGCAUUCACCACCGGACGCACACGGGCGAGAAGCCGUACGGCUGCGGCCAGUGCGGCAAGAGGUUCACGCAGCAGAGCAGCCUGAGGGUGCACCAGCGGACGCACAGCGGCGAGCGGCCCUACAGCUGCUCGCUGUGCGGGAAGACCUUCAUCCUCAUGCACCACCUGAAGCGCCACCGGAUCAUCCACACGUACAGCUGAGGCGUCUUGAAAGAGACAGGAAAUGACCCUGAGAAGCAAAGCUGAACGGCGGUUUUGUUUCCUGAGGUCUUUGGCGUCACGUCGUCGCUCACAGGCUUUGUACAUCGAUGCAUAUUCCACUAUGCAAACUCCAUCCGGGCGGAUUUUAAGACGCUUGCUUCGCUUUUAAACACUUCUGAUCAUUAACACGUCAAGCGGCGUCGCGCCGUCAAGACAGGAGUCACGCAGUAUUUUUUUCCCGAAAAACCGUCAAAAGCUAGAAAUCCAAAAAAGACAAACCGAGGUCCAACAUGUCUUUUCGAAGAAGAAUCCUGUUCCUCUCCGAUCGCCACUUUGUUUCAGCUCCUCGUGUAGAAAACAUGCCUUACUCCAUUCGAGCACUGGAAGCACAAGACGCUCAUCGCCCCACCAACCCUUCGGUCACCAGGGCGCUUCGCACCUCUCACGGUUUAUGACUCGAUGUCAGUCAGUGGCCCAAAACCUGCGCGACUUAUGCUCCGUGAAACGUGUCCCCCAUUUUGUUAUUAUUUAAAUUAAAGAACCCUGUAAACCAGCA